AUGCGUUCUUCAUCAACUUCCUUUUCUUUAUAUUCAGUUAAACUCGCACGCAAUUGUAUACCAUCAUUAAAUUUAUUUUUUACACCUCAACAGCCGACAACGAUUGCACCUAAUAAAUGGCCAGUUCAUCUUGUCGAAGCAGUAUGUAUUGAAGCAUUUCAUCUUACAACACAUGUUGAAAUGAAAGAACAACGAACAAAUACAAUCAAUAAUGUGACAAAAUAA